AUGCCACGAUACCUCCGCCGCGACCCCUUCCCUCUCUUCCAGCUUGAAGAAAUCAAACAUCGUUGCCUCCGCCCACUUGCCAUCACUCUUCAUGAAUCACACCUUCUCAUGCGACACCACCAGCGCGAUGAAUCCCGCCUCCGCACCUCGAUCCCGUAUGCAUGCACCAGAUUCACCGACAGGAUCACCCGCCUCGAGCUGCGAUCACCUUGUCGACCUUGA